UCUAAUAAUCUUCCUCUUUUUCACAAACCUACUUUCCCUUUAGCUUUUACUACUCUGAAAUUAGCUUCAACACAUAAACAAAAUCGCAAAUGACGAUGAAGAAAGUAGUGUUGAAGUUGGAACUGCACGGUGAUAGAACCAAGCAAAAGGUCAUGAAAACUACCUCAGGCAUAUCAGGGGUUGAGUCAGUGAACAUGGACAUGAAGGACAAGAAAUUAACCGUAACAGGAGACAUCGACCUAGUUAAGGUAGCAGGAAAGCUAAGGAAGUUGUGUCAUACAGAGAUAGUGUCUGUUGGAGAAGCCAAGGAGUCUGAGAAGAAAGAAGAAGAAAAGAUAGAGGAUAUAGCUAAAGCAAUUGUGCCUGCUCCUUUGAAUUACAGCCACGUUUAUUAUCCACUGCCACCUUAUUAUGUUGGAACUGUGGAAGAGUAUCCCAAUUGUGGCUGCGUCAUCUGCUAAAUUUUGAAUUUAUGUUUGCGGGGAAAAAAAAUGAAGAGAAAGAUAAGGAAGCAUGUAGUUGCGAUGAUAGAUAUGUAGGCUUUGUCUUUUAUAUAUAUUUAUAGAGAGAGAUAACAGAAGAUCAAGAUAGGAAAGUAUAUAUUUAUAGAGAGGUGGUGGACUUUUAUUUUUACCCCUCUUGGUUUGGAUUGAAAGUGACCUGCUUGGAGGGGUUUCUUUGUUGUACAAAAGUAGUCUGAAAAAUUGUUAUGAUUGAAGAUAUUUUUAUAGCCUUGGUAAA